CCAUCCCUUCAUCUUCCCGCCUCUCGUAAUGCAGGCCAUUUCUAUACCCAUGUCCCUCGUUGUGUUCCUGAGCAUCGACCCGAUUGAAUGAGACCGGCCGGCAAUGGCGGCGAUAGACUGGCCCCUCCACGCACCGACCGAACAGAUCCGACGAUGGCCCUUUUCUCUGCGAGAUGGCCGAGAUGCCUUACCGCAAGCAAACUAGUCAAGUCGACCUGGUAAGAGCGCGAGCAAUCAGUUCAAGGGGGUCGAGCGAUCUUGGCUCUGCUUUGCUUUGAAAGCUUGCCGUCACUGCCACCACGCAUGAGUCAUCAAGAUGGCCGCGCUGCAACACCAGCAGCAUGCGGAUGUCGAGACGCCCGCCACAGAGAAGCCGACUGAGGGAGGGGCCAGUGGUGGUGGUGGUGGUGGUGGUGGUGGUGUUGAGAGCCAAGAUGGUAGCGCCAACACCCAUCACGUCUCAGGCGCUACGACGCCCACGAUCGUUGCGGACAAUGACCCUGUGCGGGGCUUCAAUGCGCAAACGAACUACCUGCCUCGCCGCAACAUCAUCAUCGUCUUUCUCGCGUUGGCCAUUGUCAUCCUCACGGUCCUCAUGGAUCAGACGACCUUGGCAGUCUCUGCACCUAUCAUCGGGUCAGAUCUGAAUGCUGGCAGCCGCACGUCCUUCAUCUCAGACAGCUAUUUCAUUACAGCGACCGCUUUCCAGCUCAUCUACGGCCGCGUCUCCGACUUCACAGGGCGCAAGCCGCUCCUGCUCUUACUACUCGCCAUCUUCUUCAUCGGAUCGCUCGGCUCGUCGCUCAGCCCGGAAAUCAUCUCCCUCGUCGUCUUCCGAGCGUUCACGGGCAUAGCAGGAGGUGGCGUCAUCACCGUAUCACAGAUCAUCAUCUCGGACGUUGUCUCGUUGCGAGAGCGUGGCAAAUACCAAGGCGUGCUCGGCGCAGUCGUUCUCGUAGGCAACGGUCUCGGGCCCAUCGUUGGCGCCGUUCUUGCUCAGAAAGCGACGUGGCGAGACCAGUAUCGCAUCAUGCUGCCCCUCUCAGCAGUAGCGGGGGCGAUAGCGUGGCGAUUUCUGCCUCUCAAGAAGGUAGAAGGAGACUGGAAGCGCAAGGUACGCGCAAUAGACUGGACCGGCGCUGCCCUGUCGCUUGUGGCCACGCUCCUCGUCGUGCUGGGCUUGAGCUGGGUUGGCGCAUACACUUGGGUCAGCACUCACGUCCUGGUGCCGCUGUGUAUCGGCGUCGUCGUAGCUGCGGUCUUUGUCCUUUGGCAAUGGAAGGGUUGCACCGAGGACCGCCCGCCGCUGAUGCCCCUCUCGAUGUACAAGAACUCCAUCGUCGUUGGAGCGUCGAUUACGCAGACGAUCAAUGGGUGGAUCCUAUACUCGCAGCUCUUCUACCUUCCACAGUUCUACCAGCUUGCGUAUGCAUAUACGCCAAUCCCGGCCGCAGCUCUAACCAUCCCACUCCUUUGCAUCCAAGCCUUCUCCUCAACGGUAUCAGGCUUCAUCGUCUCGCGUACAGGGCGAUACCGAGAGGUGCUCUUGGCCGGCUGGAUCUUCUGGGCCGUUGGGCUCGGCCUCAUCUCGACGCUGAACGAGACCUCCGGCAAGGGCAAGCAAAUCGGCUUUGCCAUCCUCACAGGCGCAGGCAGUGGUGCGACGCUCCAGGUCGGCUUGGUAGCCCUUCAAGGCGCCGUGCCUCGCAAGCAGAUGGCCGUGGUGACUGCUACACGCAACUUUCAGCGCAACCUAGGGGGAGCGCUUGGCCUGGCCAUUGGAGCCUCGAUCAUUAGCACUACGGCAAAGCACGAUCUGAAGCCGCUAGGAUGGACAAGUGCUAUGAUCAAGUCUGCGUUGGACAAUCCUGCUCAAAUCUCCUCGUCAGCCUCUGCCAAUCGCAUCGACCCGGCGCGGAUUGAGCAGCUACGGCGGGCUUACGUGCGAGGCUUCCACAUCCUCUUCGAUCUCUUUGCAGCACUGGCAGCUGUGGCCUUCUUUGCUACGCUGUUCUUGCUACGACACAAGAGCGUGGACCGCGAUGAUGAUAAGCAGCUCAAGGAGGACGCCAAGGCGGCGAUACGGCAGGCCAAAGAGAAGGACAAGGGAACGAGCGACCCUCCUGCUUCAGCUGCUGUCAGGGCGAAAGAUACGUGAGAUAGAUCCUUCAAUGCAUCAUAGAUGAAAGAUUUCGAGUUG